UGGCGGCACAGGUGUGUUCAAACCUGCUCCUGGCGAACACUCGCCGAUGACAGCCGUGUCUGUCACCGUGGGCUGAAACCUCGUGGACCCUUCUGCCUUAUGCAGGUAUGACGGAUUUCUCUUCGUGAGUGGACCACUGUUGUUGUGUGACAACUUGACGGAACCAGACAGCGAACGAGCUCGUGACGCGCGAGGACCUUCCGGAUCUACCGUGGGAUGACGGAGCUCGGCUGCGCAUCCACGGGUGGAAGUCUGUCUCGCCAGGGAGAUGAAACCCUCUGUGGGUCCGGAGAGUCACUCAGCUGGGUCUAUUAGGCCUCGAUAUUAAGAACCAGAACCAGAACCAGACGCCCCAGUUUCGAUAGGUCCGGAGCAAACAUGUCCAGGACGCUGAAGAAGAAGAAGCACUGGUCCGGGAAGGUGGUGGAGUGCGCCGUGUCGUGGGGAAACCUCGGGGACUUCGGCUCCGUGGUGGAGGUCCUGGGGGGAGCGGAGGUGGGGCAGUUCCCACAUCUGGGCCAGAUGAAACUGGACCUGCUGGUGUGCCAUGUCGGGAAACUGCCCUACUAUGGGGACGUGCUGCUGGAAGUGAACGGAACCCCCGUGAGUGGACUAACCAACCGAGAUACGCUGGCUGUCAUCCGCCACUUCCGAGAGCCCAUCCGCCUGAAGACCGUCAAACCAGGUAAAGUAUUGAACACCGACCUGCGCCACUACCUCAGUCUGCAGUUCCAGAAGGGCUCACUGGACCACAAGCUCCAGCAGAUCAUACGGGACAACCUCUACCUUCGCACCAUCCCCUGCACCACGCGGCUUCCACGAGAUGGUGAGGUUCCUGGUGUGGACUAUAACUUCAUCAGUAUUGGUGACUUCCGGAUCCUGGAAGAGAGCGGACUGCUGCUGGAGAGCGGGACGUACGAUGGUAACUUCUAUGGGACGCCGAAACCGCCGGCAGAGCCUAACCUGGUGCAGCCGGACCUAGUGGAUCAAGUGCUGUUCGACGAAGACUUCAGCGGCGAGGUCCCCAGGAAACGCACCACCUCCGUCAGUAAGAUGGACCGGAAGGACAGCGCAGUGCCGGAGGAGGAGGAAGAUGAUGAGCGGCCGCCACUUGUCAACGGUUUACCUGAACACAAAACAGGGGCAGACUGGAGGAAAGCGGUGCCAAGCUACACCCAGUCCAGCAGCACCAUGGACUUCCGCACUUGGAGCUCACUCCCUCGUGAUGACAGCCUGGAGCCACUGCCCCUCAAUUGGGAGAUGGCCUACACGGAGACCGGCAUGGUCUACUUCAUUGAUCACAAUACCAAGACGACGACGUGGUUGGACCCGCGCUUGGCCCGGAAGGCAAAGCCGCCGGAGAAAUGUGAGGAUGGAGAAUUACCAUACGGCUGGGAAGAAAUCGACGACCCCCAGUACGGCACAUACUACGUGGACCACAUCAACCAGAAAACCCAGUUUGAGAACCCAGUGCUGGAAGCAAAAAAGAGACUCAACCAGGAAACUGCUGCCAUUCAGCAAGCUGCUGCCGCAUCUUCUCAAGGUAAAAGUGCUGCGUUUGGCUUCACUGCAGACCCAAACCAGCUGAAGGGUGAGAUGUACCACACGGCACUGAAGAAGAGCUCACAGGGAUUCGGCUUCACCAUCAUCGGAGGAGAUCGCACAGAUGAAUUCUUGCAAGUGAAGAAUGUGUUGAGCGACGGACCUGCCGCCCAAGACAACAAGAUGGCGUCAGGUGACGUGAUCGUGGAGAUUAAUGGGAUGUGUGUGCUCGGGAAGACCCACCCUCAAGUGGUGCAGAUGUUCCAGUCUAUUCCCAUUAACCAGUAUGUGGAUAUGGUUCUAUGCAGAGGCUAUCCGCUCCCGCCAGAUGUGGAUCUGGACAGCGACGAUCCCCUCCCUCCUCCUCCCCUCCCGCCUGCGACGCAGGGCCAGCCCCCUCUGCACGGUGGUGAGGUGGUAACUGCUGUGCCCCUUAUUAAUGGGCAGCCGCUGCUUGUCAAAGGGGACGUCCUGCAUGGAUCUUCACAGGAGCUUCAUUACGUCACAACAGACGCCAACGGACGGCCAGUGGUCGCUGCCAUGCCCAACGGACGGCAGGGUGACCGCGUGGACGUGGCCACUGGGAUGUUGCAGCCAGAGCUUGUGAGCGUCCCGCUCGUCAAAGGGCCUGGUGGAUUUGGGUUCGCCAUCGCUGACUGCCCGCUGGGCCAAAAGGUGAAGAUGAUCCUGGAUGCCCAGUGGUGCCACGGCCUUCAGAAAGGAGACGUCAUCAAAGAGAUCAACAGACAGAAUGUCCAAGCGCUGAGUCAUGCCCAAGUGGUGGACAUCCUUAAGGAUCUACCAGUGGGCAGUGAGGUCAAUGUGCUGGUGCUGCGCGGAGGUCAAACAUCCCCAGUGAAGAGUCUGAAGCCUCGACAGGAAAUGACAGCCAGCACGGAGACUUUGGAUGGAAUUGCUGACUCUGCAAUUCAGGCCCUUCCCUACCAUUCAAACACGAGCACCCUGAGGUCUGUGGAGUCCCCAAAGCGGGACGCCACCGAGCUGUACCUGAAGUCUAAAGCGCUGUUAGAGAGCAGACAGCCUCACACCAAGGACAUAGACGUUUUUCUUAAACGGGACAUCGAGACUGGAUUUGGCUUCAGGGUCCUGGGAGGAGAAGGUCCACAGCAGCCGAAUGUCUUCCCGCAGGUCUACAUCGGGGCAAUUGUUCCCAACGGGGCAGCAGAGAAAGACGGACGUCUGAGAGCGGGAGACGAGCUCAUUGGUAUCGACGGAGUCAUGGUCAAGGGUCGUUCACACAAGCAGGUUCUGGACCUGAUGACCAAUGCGGCCCGUAACGGUCAAGUCAUGCUGACUGUGCGAAGGAAGGUCAUCUACAGAGAUAUGAUGGAAGACGAGGCUCUGGAUAUGACGCCAGUGCUGGUUAAUGGCUCUCCAAAACUACCUCGCCUCCCGAUGCCGAGCGCUCUGGACCAUGAGUCUUUUGAUAUUACGCUCCACCGCAAGGACAGCGAGGGCUUCGGCUUCGUCAUCCUGACUUCAAAAAGCAAACCCCCACAUGGAGUAAUUCCUCACAAAAUCGGACGCAUCAUCGAGGGCAGCCCCACUGACCGCUGCGGACUGCUGCACGUCGGCGAUCGCAUUUCUGCGGUCAAUGGACGCUCCAUCAUAGAGCUCUCUCACAAUGACAUUGUUCAGCUGAUCAAGGAGGCGGGCAAUGUUGUCACUCUCACCGUGGUUCCUGAGGAUGAAUACAAGGGCCCACCUUCUGGAGCCAGCUCGGCCAAACAAAGUCCAGCGCUUCAACACAGAGUGAUUGGACAAAGGUCCGCUCUGCAAGAUGAACGCUACAACCUGGACCUGGAGGACAGGAGGGAUGGAUCCACCUGGUCUGACCACAAAACACUGUCACUGGAGCAGCAGGGCACUCUGUGUGUGACUGGACCCAACCAGGGCUGUCUGACAGUGGAGUUAGACAGAAGUCCCCGGGGCUUUGGCUUUAGUCUGCGAGGGGGAACCGAGUACAACAUGGGUCUGUACAUCCUGAGACUGGCUGAGGACGGACCCGCCCAGCUGGAUGGAAGGAUCCAUGUUGGUGAUGAGAUUGUGGAAAUUAACGGCGAGCCAGCACGUGGGAUCUCUCACACACGUGCGAUAGAGCUGAUCCAGGCCGGCGGAAACAAGGUGGUUCUGCUGUUGAGACCUGGCGCUGGUCUUGCUCAGGAUAGUGGUCAACAUGAUCAAAAACUCAUUUCACCCAUGAGCUAUCCUGGAGAGGUGUUUUUCUCUGACACGUCGCCCAUGUCCUCUCCAUAUCCUACCGGGGCUUCAACCUUCACCUCCUCCCCCUUCUCCAGCAAACUGAAACACUCACACGGCUGGAACUCCAUGUCCCCACAAGGCCAAUGGCCCAGGAGCAGCAGGGGUUUAAGCUCAGUGCAGGGGAGUGCUGAGUGGAGAGACAAGGAAGCUGAAAGGGUCUCUCCAGCUACCCUCGAUCAUGUCUCCUUCUACAAAAGGAUCAGGCCGAUUAAAGACACUAGAGAGCUAAGCAGCCCAAAGAAAACUGUGGAGGCAUUCCCUGAAGCCAAAGAGCAAAAACACAGUUCCCAAAAGGUUGUGAGACAGGCGUCGGAAGCAACUCUGAGCAGGAAUGGGACGCCUCAGACGAAAACUCUGACCAGUAGAAAGUCUUCUCACAGCAGUGGACAUCAUGUGGCUUCUACCCUUAAGCCUGUUGAGCAUCAGGGAGAACCUAAAGGCCAACAAUCAGAGUCAAACAGUAAGGAGAGCCUGGAUUAUCAGAGGACAAAGAGCAAUGGUUCCGGGAUCAACAUAGGCACAAACGCUAUAAGGACAAGGCCUGGACAUGGCAAGGACACAGGGCGAAGUGAGUCGAAAGGUCUGGGCAAAGACUCAGGCCAACGAGAGCCAAACAGCAAGUACAAUGCUGCUGAGGACAGGACUACAAGCAGAGAGAGUUUGUCAUCUUUUCAAAAUGUGUUUCAUAAAAGAGGGUCAGUGGUUUCCCCCAAAAAGUCAGGGGAAAACGGUUUUCUCCUCUCUAAAAACGGUCUCAGUAAGGAUGACCUGAGGGGAGAUGCAAAGAGCAAACGCAAGCCCACAGAAGACCGGAAUACAAACCAGGGAAGUUUGCUAUCUUUGAAAGACAUGUCACAUGAAAGAGGGUCAAUUGUGUCCCCGAGAGAAACCAUGGACACUUUCCUCUUCUCUAAAGAACACAGAGAUGACUUUAAGGCAUCUAUGAACAGCUUUCCAGGACCCAGGCAGAGCCCAAAGGGACCUAUUAGCCCCGGCGAUUGGAAAGUGCCCAGCUCAGCCAGGAUCCUCUCGGAGGAAGAGGUCUUUCGUGACCCUUUGUGAUACAAUAUCAAAUGGCCUGAGGUGUGCCAUGGUGUAUUUAACAGUCGGCAGAUCGUUCUCUUAGUUCUUCCAUGAAAGCGCAACACAGUGCCAGUUUCUAACCUUUCAGAAAGGUUUUCGACAAGGUCCUUGGCCUGGGAGUUCUGUGAAAGUACCUGUAGCAGCUGCCCUCCGCCUUCUUCGCUGCUUGUGGGACUUCAGCAUGCCUUGCUCGAGGCCUUCUUUGCCAGACAUUUUCAAAUGUGAAUACGUGCCAAUCUCCAGAGCCUCCUGUUGAUCAGCUCACCCAUUACAAUGCAAUGACCCAUAUGCAAAGAAGACCAGAAGGGCCUCUGCCUUUCACCUGUAGUUUACACCACCCGUGACCAUCGUCCCACUCUUUUGAUUUGCUCUCAAGUCAUCGUUGGGGAGCGUGACAUUUUUAUACAGUUUGCUCAAGUGCAUGCAGCGGAUCUAAUUUCUUUAUUUGCACGUGUUUGACACCUCACAGAUUUAAACCAUUGUCUCUCGGUUUCGAGCAACAGUGACUUUACAGAGGACUGUCGACUGUUCAGCAGUUGUAGACAUGAUUCGCCUCCAUACCCACCGUUCAAAAGACCAGAAACUUGUGGUUUGAGAUCUUGUUUACCAUGUGUAUGGUAAGAAAAAACGUGUAAUUUAUAAAGGUGAUAUAUGUAUAUGUAGCUGUAAAAGCCAUUCCACACUUUUGAUAGACUUCAAAGUUCUAUUCCAUGUUAUUGCGCCCCCCUCCGUGGUAGGAGUUCCCACCGAUCUUUGUAGUGUAGGUGAUGUGCAAACCGCUUUACCAAAUGUUUGCCAAAUUGCUCAAAACGUGUCUCAUAGUGAUGAAAUACUCGAUAUAAGUACAUAUAUUUGAAUGUGUCCUGGUUUUGCAUAUUAAGAAUAUCUAUUGAAUUCCACUGCACUGCAUUUGCCCUUGUAGCAUAAAAAAUGACCAUGAGUUAAUGUGCGAUGUUAUAUGGCUACCAAUGCGUUUCCAGUUUUAUUUCUGUUGUUCUUCUCAUUAAUUUUAAACACUGUUUAAGACCCAGGUGGCAUUUUGUAAAAAAAAAAAAAUGCUGUGCAGGUUUUGAGUCUUGUCCCUGGUGCACUGGAGACUACUUUUAAUUUAGUGUUCAUCACAAUCCUGCUUUAUGUGUCUGGGGGAGUCAUAAUGGGGGAAAAAAUUACAAUAUAUAUAUUAUAGUGUACCAUCGGUGGUUUGGUGAGAUGCUGCUGUAGGAAAGCAGGUACGCAGAUUCAGCCCACAUUUAACCCAUAAGAACCAAGGUGUGCUAAAGCUGUCAUGCACCACUUUGUUUAUGAGCACUGGCACAUUCAACAAAGGAGAGAUUGGGAGUGCUGAGUCAAGCUAUUUGGAUGUGAGAUUCAGAUGCACAUGUAUCGAUCUGGUGUUCCUCUUGUGUUCCCAAGCGAAACCUUAAUUCUAACGGGGAUGUCAGUGGAGCACCAUUCACCAUGUAGCGUCCCCCUGAAUGUGUGUUUUGAUGAGGUCCUUUAGAGUUGGCAGACUGAGAUCGUUUUAUCUCUUCAAACGGGUGAAGUGCGGAUUGCUGUUGUGAGGUCUGUGUGCGACCUAUUGUGCCAUUUUUCCCCACUCACUAUGGAGGACCCUCAGGGUUCUGCCUACUUUGGUAUUGAAAGAACUGAUGUAGUUACUUGAUCUACUUGGAGUUUUGAUUGGUUUCUAACUGGACCUAUCUCUUAUGCAGAGAGCCGUCAUAGAAACUGGACUGAAGUUGUUUAACUCUACGAGUCCUGGUCAAAUUAUAGAUAUCAAUGAGGUCCACAGAUGCAGUAAGUGAGGACCUGAAGAGGAUGGAUGUGACCAGGGAUGGUUUGCAACAGUGACUGGUGGUGGAGGAGGGUGGGUGACUGGCCGUGGCUGGCUUAGAUGGCAAAGCUUUAUUAUACACUCUGCCAGGUUCUUGUGGGUUAAUGUGCUAAUAUUUUCCAAAACAGAAUAGCUUUAGUCAACUUCAAAUAAAGCCAAAAUAUGUACCUUGAUUUGCAAAUCUACUGUAUAUCUGACAAAAAAAAAAAAAAAAUGUCACAAAAGUGAGUACAAAAAAACUACUGAGAAAUCAAAUGGCCCUUUUUAAUGUCAUUCCUUAAUAACAAAUUCCAAGUGUAUGUAGUUGAUAAUAGAUAUGUGAGGCCAAGCACGUGAACUUCAAUAUCAGAUUGGAACACAGUAGUGUAUCAAUAAAGACAUGUUGAUUUAUUUUUAUUUGCUCACUGGUAGAGUCAACCUGAGCAUGGAAAACAUACAUUUAUUUGUGACUGUGACCAAAGACACUUUCUAAACGUUGACUUCAGGUCCUUCUGAGCAGAAGCAAUGACUCCCGGUCUGUGUGAUGCAAUAACAGUUUUCCAACUUUGUGUUGGAACAUGUGAAUAAAAUAACUCUUGCUACAGGUAUCGGUGUACCGGUUGGUCAAUACGCAUUUUAAUCCAGUCAAAAAAAAAGUCUCACCUGUGUCCUGCAUGGAACACACAUGAAUUCAUAUCAAAACCCACUGACACAUUUAAGAAUAUCAUUGCAUGUUUUAUUUAUAUGUUUCAGUAAAAACACGAGAACGAAGAACUAGGAUGUAAUUGUAUUGCUUAGGAAUUGUGUCAACAUAGAAGGAUAGUUUACACUUUAUUAAUCAAAAUAACAUUUCAAGAUUUAUUGAUAUAAAAAAUGUUGUUGUUUUUUUGUUUGUUUAAUAAUUUGUUUUGCAUUACAGAACCAAAAACACAAAGUCGUAGCAAAACUUACUUUGUUGUAGCAUAUUUUUUUUUACCUCCAUGGCCUUAAUUUAGGAGUAAAACACCUUUCCAGAGACUCAUUUCUAGUGAGGUAAAUUUCCUGGGGAUUUGGAGAUACAAUUCUUAAGGCAUUUUUUUCAAUUGGGCUCCCCAGAAGGUGAACAUCUGGCAGCAUUCUGUGUACCUGCUUUUGAAACUGACGUUGGUUGGAGAUUGUGAAGAUCUCAGGGAAAACCGUUUUGUAGCAAAUGUGUGAUUAGUGGUCAGAGCGGCAGUGACGGGGCUCAGGUCUGAGGUUUUGACUGUGAUUGUAUAGCUGGGGAUUUCAGGGUUAUAAUCUCGACUAAAGAUGCGCUGUGAGCCUGGUGGGUUUCUGUGCAAUAGCUGGUUGGUUGAACAAGUACAUCCAACCCCCGACCAUCAGGUCCUGGCGGUUCACUCUGGUCCACAACCAGAACAGUAUGUUUUCAGUCUGUCUCCUGCACUGUAUUAUUUAUUUUUUUUUGACUGUUUUCUAUCUAUUUUUCAGUUUUCAUACUGUGGCCUUGCAUUGCUUCAUUAGAACAAAUCAAUCCUCGUGGUAUCUUUUUUCAUUCUAUAGAAGUAGAUGUAAAUGUUUGUACAUUGUACAGCACCUUUAUAAAUACUUGCUGAGCGCUCUUUCAUGGGGAGAGGGGGAAAAAAGAGGUAUAUGAAAAUUGCUCCAUUAUUUUUUUAUGUACAAUAGGGAAAAUAUUUAAAAAUGGAUUGACAAUAAUAGGCUACGACCUUGACAUGAUGUUCCGUUCAUGCA